UUUUUUUGUCUUUUUCACAAACCAAGAGCUGUCUCUCUGUUUCACAUUUUUUUCUCAGGCAAGGAGCCUCUCUUCAUCUGGUGAGCUUAGCAUUGUCUUCUUGAGUUGAAAGACUUGAAAGGGUUAGGCUCUCCUCACUCCCCUCCAUCGUGCCCAAGAUUGUACACACUCUCUAUACACUUGUACACUUAAGACCCAAAUGCCCCUCUUGGUGCUUCUGUGACCAUUGAAGACGAAGCAGCUCUCUUGAAGUCUACUUCACUUGGAGGACUUCUCAAUUUUUUUGGAUUUUUACAAAUUUCUGCACAGAACUUCUCUUUCCUAACUCUCCUGAAUUCUUGCUGCGCCAUCACACCCUGCAGCAACCUAACAGUGGUAUAAGAGCAUUGAAGGUCAGCAAAAGUCCAAAGGAUGGCAGCAAGUUCCAGCAUUACAACCUUCAAAUAUUCACCAGCCGGACUACCAAUUUUUGAAGGAGAAAAUUACGAUUUUUGGAGCACUCAAAUGAGAACCCUUUUUAUCUUAGAAGAUCUAUGGGAUUUGGUUGAAAAUAGCUAUGAAAGCCCUCAAAGCCAAGAAUCAGCAUGGCCAGAGGCAAGGAAGGAGAAGCUGAAAGAACAUGAGAUGAAAGAUGCCAAAGCCUUGUACUACAUUCAACAAGCAAUCACGAAAUCAAUUGCUCCAAGGAUAAUGGCCGCAACAAAAUCUAAAGAAGCAUGGGAGGUUUUGAAGAAUGAGUUUCAAGGAUCGGCGAAGGUGAUCGAUGUCAAACUUCGAACUCUUUGGACAGAAUUUGACAAUUUGGCGAUGAAGGAAGGUGAGUCCAUCCAAACUUUCUUUCUAAGAGUUUUUUCUAUCAUUUAUCAAUUGAAGGCUUGUGGAGGUAUAAUACAAGAUGAAAGAGUAGUAGAAAAAGUCUUGAGAAGCCUUCCAAUCAAAUACAAUCGUGUGAUGGCUGCCAUAAAAGAAUCAACAAAUUUAUCAACUCUUAGUUUACAUGAACUAAUGGGUUCCCUUCAAGUGGAUGAAAAAAGAAUGAAUAGAUUUUCUGAUCAGCCGUUGGAGCAAGCUUUUCAAACAAAGAUGAAAAUGUCAGAAAAUAAGGAUGGAGAAAACGAGAAACAAAAUCAAGGCAAUCAAUUUCAGAGACGCCAAUCUAAUCGUGGCCCUGGAAGAGGAGGAAAAAGGUACACUCAACAGACUGCAAGAGGUAUAUCACAAUCUGAAUCUCGCUGCAAAUUUUGCAAGAAUACUAAUCAUGGAAGCAUGGACUGCCAUUUCCAAAAAUGCACAAGAUGCAAGAAUCCUAACCAUCUUGAAAAAGAUUGUUGGUUUCGUAUAAAGGAUGAAGCUAACUUUUCAGAAAAGCGUGAAUCUUCAAACCAACAGUUCUAUCCUUACAUGAACACUCAACAAGAAGCGCAAGACACGAGGUAUAUUGACAGCAGAUGCAGCAACCAUAUGACAGGAAACAAUAGCAGCUUUGUUAGCUUGGAUGAAGGAGUGAAAUCCAAAGUGAAGUUUGGAGAUGUGAAGGUUCAGAACAUUGAAGGAAAAGGCACCAUUGCUGUGCAAACAAAGGGAGUGAAAACAGCCAUGGAAGCAUCAACUUCCUCUGAGGCUAACUUUCAGAUUCCAGCCAGUUCCUGCAUACCACUUUCCGUUCCAUCUGGAGAUGAAGUCGACUCAGCCAUCUCAGGGUUUACAAGUUUUUUGCAAUCUGACGCUGGAUCAAAAGUCAGUUCACUUCCAUUGAUUUCAAGCCUUGAUGGUCUAGGAAAGCUGCAAUCUGUUGAAGGAAUGACUAUUCAAAAAGCUUUUGAAUUGAUGAACAGAGUCAAACCCAUUCAGAAUUUGAUCAAGGCUAUAGCAACUAAUGAAGAGAUGUGGAAUGCUUUUAUAAACAUUAAUGAAGUUCAGGAAUUCGUGCGGCAGCUGAAGACAGGUGCCAAAAGGCCAGAGGCAAUAACAAGCGGCAACCAGCAGACGCAAGGCAUUAGCUACAGUCAGCAACAGUUGUCAGGAGUCUACAACAUAGUGACAAAUCCGAGUAGCAACCCACAGACGCACAACCACUCUAGCCAGCAAUGGUCAUCAGAUCAACAGGAAGGUGUAAAGCCUGACGCAUGGGAAAAGAUUUUAUUGGAAUUCUUUAGGAUUGGGAAAAAGAUAUUCAAGUUCUUGUUUCGGAAAGAUGGAGGUGGAGGUGGAGGUGGAGGUGGAGGACGUGGAUGUGGUGGUGGAGGUGGACAUGGACGUGGAUGUGGUGGAGGUGGAGGUGAAGUGCCAAGCGACGAGUAUCUUGAAGUGGCAUUCCUCCUUUCCAUCGUGCUGAUGUUGGCUAUACGACUAAUGCGCUUCUAUGUCUGAUUUCUGUGUUCUUGGACUUAUUUGCCGACGUGUGUGGCUGUGCUUUGUUGUCAUAAAACAGUAGACAAUUUUACCAAAGGGUGACAUGCACCUCUAAAACAUGAUGGUUUGUAAUUUUGUUAUGCCCUAAAUGCUUGGACUUUCUAGUGGUGUUUAAAGUCCAUUGGGACUUACUGCUUGUUGCUGGGUUGUUUGUUCACCCUUUAGGUUUGUGCUUUACAGAGAGCUAACUCUUUGGGUUGUUUUUCUAGAGUCACAUUGUGUGUUUCUAUUAUCUAUAUAUAAUAAUGAAAUUUGUUUUG